AUGGCGUUUCCCGUCAUCUGGAUCGUGCUCUUUGCUCUGCAAUUCCUCUCAGUCAACGCCCACUCUUGGGUAGAACAACUCACAGUCAUUGCGCCCAAUGGAACGUUCAUCGGCAACCCUGGAUAUUCCCGAGGCAAUGUUCUUCGUACGGCGGGCUUCGUCGAUACAAUGACCUACCUGAUUCCUCCCAGCGGACAGGAUGUCACCCAGCUCCUGCCAAGUAACAAACUAUGCAGAGAGACACAGCAAGACGAGACUCAAACCACCGGAAGUCCCCGACUUCAGGCGAGCCCUGGUGCAUCUAUUGCUCUCCGCUACCAAGAAAACGGCCAUGUGACCCUCCCCGAGAAUCAACCCGGAAAACCGAAGAAUCGUGGCUACGUCUAUGUCUAUGGGACCACCCAGCCCAAAGUCGGCGAAAAGCUUCUGGAUGUGCACGGAAAAUGGACUUCAGAUGGCACAGGUGGUGACAAGCGCGGUGUGCUUCUGUCAAAACAGAAUUUCGACGACGGCCGCUGCUACCAAAUCAACGGACAAAGCAUCUCUCAGACUCGCCAGAAAGAAUUUGCCCACACUGCCAAUCAGCUGAUGGGAGCUGAUCUCUGGUGCCAGCAGGAUCUCCGUUUGCCAGCCAAUGCACCCACCGGCAAGCCCUACACUCUCUACUGGGUUUGGGACUGGCCUACCAAGCCGGGUAUCGAUCCCACUUACCCGAAGGGAAAGCAAGAGAUCUACACUACCUGUAUGGAUGUGGAUAUUGUGCAGGCUACCAACAACAAGCUGGGAGUCAGCUCUGACUAUGAGACUGAUCAGGAUCUUAACAAUGCUGCCAUUCCUUCUCAGUUUGAUUCGCUUGGCAAGGCGGUGCCCUCGCAGCAAUCCUCGCAGCAGUCCUCCCAGAUACCUUCUUCUGUGGUAAGCAGUGUGCCCACACCCAUCAUGCCGGCUGUGACCGAGUGGAGGACUGUUACUGUUACUCAAAUCCAUACUGCGACCGGACUUCCUCCUGGAUAUUGA